AUGUCGACAAGAUCUGAAUAUAGUAAACUUUUUGAAAAGAGAUCUAAGAAAAUUCACCGAGGUGAAAGGUUGUUUAAAUGUCCAGAAUCAGUAGUGAGACACCAGAGAAUUCACACAGGAGAGAAGCCAUAUUCUUGUCUAGAAUGUGAAAAGUGUUUUAGUCUGAAAUCACUUCUUGUUGGACAUCAGAGAAUUCACACAGGAGAGAAGCCUUAUUCAUGUCCUGAAUGUGAGAAGAGUUUUAGUCUAAAAGCAUAUCUUGUAGAUCAUCAGAAAAUUCACACAGGAGAGAAACCAUUUUCAUGCCUAGAAUGUGAUAAGUGUUUUCGUCAGAAAUCCCAUCUUUCUCAACAUCGGAAAAUUCACACAGGAGAUAAUCUGUUUUCAUGUCCUGAAUGUGAGAAGUGUUUUUUUGAUAAAUCAGGUAUUUUUAAACAUCAGAGAUCUCACACAGGAGAGAAGCCAUUUUCAUGCUCAGAAUGUGAUAAGUGUUUUAGUCAGAAAUCACAUCUUGAUGAACAUCAGAAAAUUCACACAGGAGAAAAGCCAUUUUCAUGCUCAGAAUCUGUUGACAAUAUAAGACUGAUUGAGUCCUCUCAAGAAACUGAACAUAAAGGAAAUUAUCAAGAGGAAAGAGGAGAAAAGAAGAUAUCCAUCCCAGAAGAAAAAGCUGUAGAAAUCUGCAAGAAAUGA